AUGACAGCAGCGCAAUUAGCAGAACGCAAAUCAAAGAUUGAAGCGACAUGGGUGCAGUUCGACGAAGUGCAGAAUGAGAUCGAGAUGCUUCAAGAUUCAGCAGAAAUGGUUGAAGCGCAUUCACCCGAGCGCUCGGAAUAUGAGGAGACGUAUUAUGAUAUCAUUGCCAGAUUUCAAGAAUUGAUCAUCUCACGCAGUGCAACCAAUCUUCCAGUGAUAGAGGCACAUCCCGCAGCUAGUCGUGCACCAGCUUCAAAAUUUCACUACCUGAGAUCUUCGCUCAAGGGACAAGCUGCAGACAUCAUUCAAUCACUCGAGGUCUCGGCGGAGAAUUACAAUGAGGCAUGGCAGAUGUUAAAAAGGCGCUAUGAUAAAAAACGUAUAAUCAUACAAAGACAUAUUAGAGCUCUAUUCGAGCUACAAUCAGUGUCCAAGGAAAACUUCACGAAUCUUCGCCAUUUAGUGGAUGGAGUGUUAAAGCAUCUGAGAGCGCUAAAGGCCAUUGGACGCCCCACUGACUCAUGGGAUGACGUCAUCAUCCAUUUGAUAACCAGCAAAUUGGAUCACGUCACAAAUAAAGAAUGGGAAGACAACAUUUCAGACGAGGAUAUUCCUACUAUACAACAUUUAACUGACUUUCUGGAGCAUAGAUGUCACACCCUCGAAGCUGUCAGCCGAAAGGCCCAAUCUGCUUCCGUUUCACAAACCAAGGCCAAUCAGGCAAGGGUCUCAUCUCUCGCAUCCUCUGGUGUUGCGUCGUGUCAGAAUUGCCGAGGAGAUCAUCAGAUAUAUUCCUGUGAACGAUUCUUGAAGCUUUCUCCGGAGGAUCGUCUCAAGGUUGUUAAGGAAAACAAGGAUUGUCAAGGGAGGCAGCAAACAUGCCGCGCUCUUCUGGAUUCAGGAUCGCAAUCCAAUUUUGUCACGGAGGAUCUGGUACGACGUCUGGGUCUUCAAACAAGGUCGAUCGAUAUAUCAAUCGUUGGAGUCAACAACUCCUGUAGCAGGAUUCAAAAAACAACUCAAGUACAAUUGAAUUCAAGGCAUUACGCAUUCAAAAUCGUCAUAGAGUGUUUAGUCCUCAAUCGAAUAACUGAGCGUUUGCCCGGCGUCACAAUUGAUAAGGCUGCAUUCAGGAUUCCGCAGAACUUGCCUCUGGCAGACUCGGAGUUUCAUCAAUCCACUGAUAUAGACAUACUGUUGGGCGCUGAAACAUUUUGGAAUACUCUAUGCGUUGGGCAGAUAAAGGAAUCAUUAGAUCAUCCGCUUCUGCAAAAAACAUUAUUCGGAUGGGUGAUUGGUGGCAAAUAUCCCAGUGGUUCUGUGCAACAGAAAACCAUCCAAUGCAACGUGGCCGUCGAUAUACUUAAAUUAGAGCAACUUGUUGAAAGAUUUUGGCAAGUCGAGCAAAUAUCAAGUAAGCCAAUGCUGACUGAAGAAGAGAGAGAGUGCGAAGAAAACUUCAAGAAAACUUAUCAUCGAAAUUCACAAGGUAGAUUUGUGGUGCAACUGCCAAUUAAAACGGACAAGUUACGAGCUUUAGGAUCAUCUUAUGAUGUAGCCUUGAAACGCUUCAAAUCAUUGGAACUCAAAUUGGAUCGUUGUCCAGAAAUGAAGAAGGCAUAUACUAAAUUCAUCCAAGAAUAUGCGGAUCUGAACCAUAUGCAUCCAGUGGUCACUGAAGAUUCAGGAGACGCUCCAGUCUAUUACAUGCCACAUCAUGCCGUGUACAAGGACUCAAGUUCCACCACAAGGUUUCGAGUUGUAUUCGACGCAUCAUCUAGAACGGAUACUGGUGUAUCGCUUAACGACAUCCUGAUGGUGGGCUCGAAUCUACAAACAGAUUUGACUUCCAUAUUGAUUAAAUUCCGCUUAUGGCAAUACGUACUUACAGCCGAUGUGGAGAAGAUGUAUCGGCAAGUUCAGAUUGAAAAGAGUCAACAAGGACUUCAGAGGAUUCUCUGGCGAAACAACAGCCAUGAGGAAGUACAAACGUUUGAGCUGGCUACACUCACAUACGGUACGGCUUCAGCUUCAUUCUUGGCGGUGCGAGUGUUACAAGAAACAGCUAGAUUGGAGCAGCACGAAAUGCCAACAGGAUCAGCUAGGAUAUUGUCCGACUUUUACGUGGACGACCUUUUGACAGGUGCAAAUACUGUUUCAGAUCUCAUCAUCAUUCGCGAUGAAACAAGAGCCAUAUUAAGCAAGGCGGGCUUUCAUUUGCGUAAGUGGGCUUCCAAUGAAGAAACCGUAUUAGAAGGCAUACCUGAUUCAGCUUCAGAGCUCAUUUUGGAUGUCCAGGAAGAUACGAUCUUAUCUGCGCUCGGAUUACAAUGGAAUGCGAAGAACGAUGAAUUUCAAUUCGGCAUAAACACGAACAAGCAAUCCAAGAUCUCAAAGAGGAUUAUGCUAUCCAUCAUAUCUCGCAUUUUUGAUCCAUUGGGUCUUCUAAUUCCGAUCACCAUUACGGCAAGGAUACUCAUGCAAAAAUUAUGGCAAUUGAAAACACAUUGGGAUGAAACAGUACCCAUUGAUAUACAAACUCAAUGGUCUCGUUACGAAGCGGAGCUUCACGAAUUUAACAACCUCCAGAUACCACGAAAGGUUAUUCACCAUCAUGAUGCCGAUGUUUUAGAGUUGUGCGGAUUCUCAGACGCCAGUGAGAAGGCUUAUGGAGCCUGUGUGUACGUUCGUAGUAAACUGACAGAAGAUACUUAUCAAGCAAGAUUAUUGUGCGCGAGAUCAAGAGUAGCAUCGUUGAAAAAUCUUACGUUACCGCGCUUAGAGCUAUGUGCCGCAGUACUAUUGGCUCAACUCAUGCACAAGGUGUUAGAGAUUUCCGACAUUAAGUUUACACGAGUCCAUUAUUGGUCUGAUUCUACCAUAACCCUUUCUUGGAUCAAAUCAUCUCCGAGAAGGUAG